AUGGCUAACGUUAUGGGAAGCAACAUGACUGCGGACUCCUCCCCGUUCGACGACUACACCUACAUGUGGGUGAGGCGCUUCCAGAUCAUCGUCACGCCCGUCAUCUGCUCCGUGGGAUUCUUCGCCAACAUCCUGGCGGCCGUAGUCUUCUUGACGCCCAAGCUGAAGAAGAAGUCUUGCUGUUUGUUCCUGGCGGCCAAGUGUUUCUCCGACAUGGGCUUCCUUCUGUCUCUGCUCGUCGUCUGGUUGUACCAGGUGCACGUUCCCGCCUUCAGCACGCAGGUCGUCUGCCAGGUGACCGUGUACGUCAGCUACGUCUGCGGCUUCCUCUCCGUCUGGUUCGUCGUGUGCAUCACCUUCGAGAACUACAUCCGCGUGUCUCUGGCGGGCCACGUGAAGGCGUGGUGCAGCCCGUCCAAGGCUCGCCGCGUCAUCGCCAUCAUCGUCGUCCUAUCCCUCCUCAUCUACAGCUUCAGCGUGUGGACGACGGGCAUCGUGGUCGACGCCGGCAAGACGAAGUGUAUCGGCCUCGUGGAGUUCGAGGCGCUCAUGGUGGCCAUGUCGUACACGGACACGGUCCUCACACUCUUCAUCCCCAUGGUCCUCAUGACGUCACUCAACACGGCCAUUUGUCUCGCCACCUGCCGCGCGCUCAAGAGGAGGACCCGACUCCUCGGCUCGCAGCCGUUCGACAAAGCCGGAAGCGCUUCUACCUUGCAGAUGAAAGCUUCCAAGUUACUUUUCGCAGUGUCGGUGAUUUUUCUCAUACUCCAUACCCCGAGUCAUCUGAUACGGAUCGUGAUGACGAUAAAACAGCUGUGGUACCACUUGGUUCCCACGGUUACGGACGUGAUUCUUCACAGGAUCUUCGAGAUGUUGUUUCAUCUGAAUUUUUCCAUUCACUGUGGAAUUUAUCUAAUUUUUGGCGACAAUUUUCGAUCUAUCUUCAAAUCGUUAUACUGCUCAUGUUGCAGGAGAUACAGAAACAGUCGGGUAAUGGUUUGA